AUGGACCGAAGAUGUUUCGCCAUUCUGUGUCACCUACUGAGGACCAUUGCUGGACUAACGUCGACGGAAGUCGUCGAUGUUGAGGAGAUGGUAGCAAUGUUCCUCCACAUUCUUGCGCACGAUGUGAAAAAUCGUGUCAUUCAACGAGAGUUCAUGCGGUCGGGUGAGACAAUUUCCCGCCAUUUCAACAUGGUCUUAUUGGCUGUCAUUCGACUUCAUGAGGAGCUGUUGAAAAAACCACAACCAGUGCCUGAUGAAUGCACAGAUCAAAGAUGGAGGUGGUUUGAGAAUUGCCUAGGUGCAUUAGAUGGCACGUACAUAAAAGUAAACGUUCCAGCAAGAUCAGCUGCGGACUCACGCAUCCUCCGUGAUGCCCUUUCAAGACCUAAUAGGCUUAAGGUGCCCAAGGGCUAUUACUACUUGGUUGAUGCCGGGUACCCAAAUGCGGAGGGUUUCCUGGCACCAUACAGAGGCCAACGCUAUCACUUACAAGAAUGGCGUGGCCCUGAAAAUCAUGACAAGUUCAUCGAGACUACCUAA